UGGAGCAGGUAGAUCCACGCGUCUAUGUUUUCUCGUCAUUACCCUCUCUUCCACAUAAAGCGGCGUCCGCGCCUUUCACACGGGCGAGCUGCGGCGGCGAUUCCCCAUCGGCGAGAUGUGGACGGACGGACUGGAGGUCAACGGUAACUGUGGAGCCAACAUCGCCGGAUGGGAGGAGGAUGUGUUCCCGGUGGAAUCCCAGGACUCCAUGAGUGCUCCUGCCGUAGAGCUCGAGAAGAACAAAGAAGCAGGGCUGGUCAGAGAUGUGCAGAGAUUCAAGGUGUGCUCUGAAGCUACAAGCGGCUGGACGAGGAGGGUGAGGCUCGGGAAAGUACCUGAUGAGAGGGACAUGAACCCCGACAGGAAAACAGCACUUGAGUUGUCUAUCUGUGCUUAUGCCGAAAAAUGUGAAGGGCAUGUCAUCAAUCCAAAAAUUGGCACGGAGUUUGACUCGCUGGAUGAGGCGUAUGAGUUCUACAACCUAUAUUCAUGGGAGACUGGGUUUGGUAUACGGCUGGCAAAGAGCAGGCUCAACCGUGCAAAGAACAAGAUGUAUGCAAGAGAUUGUCUGUGCAUGUGCGCUACGUGUGUGGAAAAAAAGGGUCCCCAUUGAAGGAGAAUAGCCAUUCUUCAAGGUGUGGUUGCAGUGCAAUGAUAAGGCUGCUCCGAUCAAAGGAUGUCGGGUGGUACAUAUCAGAGCACAAAGCAGGGCACAACCAUCCGCUUUCCGUUACGUGUGGCCAGAAAAUGCAUUGGAAGUCACAUAGGCAUAUAGACAGAUACACCAAAGAUCUUGUGAAGCAGCUUAGGGAUAAUAAUGUUGCCCUCGGGAAGGUUUUCAGCAUUGUUGGUAGCUUCUUUGGUGUCGCAGAGAAUGUGCCUUUUACAAAGAGGUCGUUGAAGACAUUAUGCAAGAAGCUCAACAAGGAGCAGUCAGAUUUUUGAUGCUGUCAAGACGAUGAACUUGCUUGGGGAGAUGAAAGCUAAUGAUCCAGAUUUCAACUACACCGUGCAGGUCAACGAGGAGAGCCGCAUAAAGACACUUAUGUGGGUGACGAGUAGGGGGUGCGAUCAGUACAGGUGUUUCGGAGAUGCAAUAACAUUUGACACCACCUAUAGGACAAACUUGUAUGAUAUGUCGUUUGGUCUGUUUGUCGGCGUCAACAACCACUUCCAGAGCAUAAUUUUCGAGGGAGCGAUGAUGAGAGACGAGAAAGAGGAAACAUUCAAGUGGAUAUUCAAGGAGUUUGUCUGUAUGGUCGGUGGGAAACACCCGCGGACAAUACUUACAGGUUGGUGUGCCGGCACGUGAGUGUGGUUUUCGUAACUUAUUGAUGCGAUGAUUUCCUUGUACAUUUCUCGUUGUCUGGUCAUUUCCCCGUUUUGUUUUGUUGGGUUACAAAUGCAUAUCAGGCACGCUCCAUGGAGCUGGCAAUCGAAGCAGAGCUGCCCAAUACCGUGCACCGCUGGUGCAAAUGGCAUGUUUUGAAAAAGGCGAAGGAGUCCAUGGGCGUUCUUUGCAGCAAGAACAGCGACUUCAAACUGGAAUUUCACAAGCAUGUCCAUCACAUGAUCACGGAAGAAGAGUUUGAGGAGGGCUGGAGCCAGAUGCUGGAUAAAUACUCCUUGAAGAAACAUCCAUUCUUAACGCAGAUAUAUGAGGUCAGGCAUAAAUGGGCAAAGCCAUAUUUCAGAGGGGUGUUCUGUGCCAGGAUGACAAGCACUCAACGGAGCGAGAGCGCCAACCAUCUGUUGAAAGGUUACAUGCCGCGAGGGUGCCCAAUGCAUCUGUUUCUUAAGCAGUUCCAGAAACUGCAAUUUAACAGAGAGGCGGAGGAGAGUUUCCAGGAGAAGAGGACAUCCCUGAGCGGUGUGUGCCUUAGGGUCAACCUUCCAAUUGAGAAGCAUGCUAGCAAAGUUUACACCAGAGCUAUGUUUGAAAAGUUUAGUGAAGAAUUGUAUAAGUGUGGGGCACAUGUGUUGGACGAGGUGGUGCCUAGGCGGAUUUACAAGUCGACCCAUGUAGAAGCGGACAAAAGGGAAAAAUGGAGCAAAGUUGAAUUCAAGAUAGAAGUGGAUGAAGACGAGAGUUUUUUCAGUUGCGAGUGCAGUUAUUUUGAACAUGCUGGGCUAGUGUGCUGCCAUGCAUUGCAGGUGAUGGUGCACUUCCGAUCGCAAAAAAUACCCCAGAAGCAUAUACUUAAACGAUGGAUCAGAGAGGCGCGUGACAUUCUUCCUGACCAUUUGGUUAGGUAUCAGAGAGACAGAGGACCCCCAGCUAGUGAUACAUUCAGGCAUCACACAAUGUGCAUGAAAGCGCUUGAGUGUGUCGUGCUUGGAGACAGCAAUAUUAAGUGCUAUGAUGUUUUCAUGGCUAUGAUGAAGGAGGUGCAUGCGACUCUGCUUCCGCUAAGCAUCGAUAAAGAUGGAAUGGGGCUUGCAGAGAGAGAAAAACAGCAACUGAUUGCAGCGCAUAAAGUGGAUGUACCAGCAGAGGGUGAUGCUGUGCUGCAAAAACAUACAGGAGAUGAUGAAUCCAGUUGCUCAGUUGUUGGCCUGAAUGAGAAGAAGAGGCAGAGGGGGAGGCCGACAAACAGCAGGGACAAGGCUCCGUAUGAGCAGCAACUGAAGAGGUCGCGGUUUUGCACUAUCUGCAGGGAGCAGGGGCACAAGUGUACAACUUGUCCCAGCGAGGCAAUUUGCCGAAGGCUCCAAGGAAGUCGCCGAAAUGCACGAACUGUGGUGUCAUUGGACAUCGGCGCAAUACUUGCAGCAUUAGGAAAACAGGCCCAUUUGAGCCAAAUUUCCUGUAGGCAGUCUGAUUUGCUUGCAUCUUCUGGGUAGAAUUAUCGUAUGUUUUCUCGAUGUUUUUCAAACUCUAUGUCAUGUAUGCCUGAAUUGAACUCGGUGAUAUGUGCCCCAGGAUUACGUAUUGCUUAAUGUAUCCUUUGUUAAAACAGCUGUUGGUGAUAUAUGUGCAUGAAAGGAACAUGCGCCGUCA